GACCGCCGUGCGUUCGUGCAUCGCAAUUUGCAGUUGGCUGUUGCGUCGGGCGUCCGUUACCGUCUCUACCGGUUACCGAGUACCGGCAACCGGCGUCUAGCGACCGGCGGCUUUGGCGGCAGUUUACUGAUUCGACGGCGGUUAGCGAUUUCCCGGCGGCGCGUCAUUUGCCAAGGGAUCGUCGGCGGCGUUGUCUCCUCCGGCUCCGAGUGAUUUCGGAUUUUUUGUUUUUUAUCCGUUUGCGUGUGCUGCGCCGAGAUACGAUGGCAGUUUGUUUUGUUUGUAAUUCCAAAUUGUAUGGGGAACGAACACGAGUAUGUUCAAGCAUUACACCACACAGUAAUGCACCAUACCCAGAAAAGAUUGGUGAACUCAUGGGAGAAGAAUUUGUUAUUAUUGUCACGCCUGCGGAUCACAUGUGCAAGCGAUGCACAUCCCUUCUCAUUCAUAUCGACAAGCUGGAAAAUGAUCUGAAACUUGUUAAAAAUGCAAUGUUAUCAUACAUUCAAAAAAAAUAUGGAUUGUUGCCUGCUGAUCAGCCUGUUACUUCUAUUGAAGUUGUCAAUGGGAGUUUAAGGACCGAUGAACUAGAAAUAGGCCAGAGAAGAGUUCCUAGUGGUUUGACAGUUAGAGAACCUUCCACUAGUGCUGGUGGAAGUAAUACUCCUUUGAGAUCAAGACAGGACGCUUCAAAAAUUAAAAUAUACAAAUGCGGUUUUUGUCCAUUCCAAUCUAAAGACCUUGGUCACGUUCGUUUCCAUAUGCGUUCUCAUAUGAAAAAGAAAGAUAACGAAAAAUCAAACCAAACCGUGACAAAAACAGUAACUCAGCAACAACAACCUCAGCAGCAACAACAUCAAAACCAAACACAUCAGCUGAAGUGUUUACCAAACAAACAACAGCAACAAAAAAAAAAAUUGUACAGAUGUCAAGUAUGUUCUGCAUCGUUUGAUAGCAGAUCGGAUUGCCUGGAUCAUAUUCAAAGGGAUCACAACCAGCAACCAACAUCCACAACACAGGAACAGGAAAAUUUACAACAGGAAUCAGAUGUUACUAUGGAAGAAACCGCGUCAGUAUUCCAACCACACAAUAUACUAAAUUCUAUAGAGAAUCAACAGGACGUGAUCAAGACUGAGGAUGAUGGUGAUUUAGCUGACGACAAACAUACUAUGGACACAGACCUUGACAUGUUGUUGAAGGACAAUAUCCCAGAUGAAAACUCUGAAGUUCCUCCUAUACAAGAAACACAGAAUAUUUCUGAAAAUAUGUCCGGACAAACAGAACUCAUGCAACCUGACCAAGAAACCCCCGUUGCAAACGUAGAUAUAAGUGAUAUGGCAAUUGGAGGUGGUGAGACUGAAACAGACCAUUUAGACAUUGAAUCGAUGUUGGCUGCCAUUCACAAUGAUGUCGUCUCUCCCCCAAAUGAUGGCGGAAAUGCACAAAAUUUUUUAUGAGAAUUUAAAAAUUCAGUAAUGCUUUAUCUCUAAAAUUAUUAGACUAUUAUCACUUGAUAAUAAAUUAAAUUGAUAUUUUUUUUUAUACUCGACAAUAUUUAUUAAAUUUUAAAAAACUAGUACAAAUAAUUUAAGUAACAUUUUUAUAUUAUGAAUUGUUUUGAAAUAAAACAUUAUUCUUGGAAAA